AAAAGACGUUGCAGGAGGUAGGCCUAUGAGCAGUUUGGAUCGCUAAUGUAUUUACGUAUUCACCUAUGACACGACACAUGAGAACAGUGAUUAAAAAAAAAAUCAUUCGAUUGAGAAUAAGCAUUUACCAAAAGAUGAAGCUUGUUUACACCGCGGUUAUAUCAUUAAUUGCACUGUUUACAAAUGGAAAAUGUAUGAAGUUAGCAAAAGUUUCGAGAGAAUAUCGAUGUGACAAUACACACUGCGAAAAGAGAUGCUUUCGAUAUCCAGCGGUUUCAAAGUCACGAAGUGGUGAAAGUACCUGUAUUCGUGGAGAUCCGAAGUCACGCGCAUUAAAAGCAACGACCGAGCAUGUAUCGGUUAGCCCCCGUCACAUUACACAUUCUGUGACACCAUUAGACAUGAAAAGCACUAUUGGGACAACAGAUACUAUCCCUGUGGCACAUCUUGUGACACAAAGUGACACAAGCACCACUGUGACAAGUAAUGCGCAGUACAGCGUUGGAAGUAGCAGUGAAAAUAUCAUUUCCAUCGGUGCCCAUCAUCACCACCAUGUGACACAAGGCGACACAAGCACCAUUGUGACAAAUAAUGUCCAGAAUAGUGUUGAAAGUAGCAGUGAAAAUCCCACCUCGGUGGGUCCCCAUCACGCUACACAAUCUGCGACACAAGAUGCGACAACCGAUUUGAUUAUGAAGUUCCUUCACAUCCUUGUGUGUUUAUGUGUGAUUCAAAAUGGAACAUGCAGUAUUUGCAACCAACGACAAAAAUACGUGAAAGUAGCGGGAGAAUAUCGAUGUGUUGACACACUUAAGUCCAAGUGCUAUAGGUAUACUGGCAAAGGCCAACAGAUGAAGUUCCUUCACAUCCUUGUGUGUUUAUGUGUGAUUCAAAAUGGAACAUGCAGUAUUUGCAACCAACAACAAAAAUACGUGAAAGUAGCGGGAGAAUAUCGAUGUGUUGACACACUUAAGUCCAAGUGCUAUAAGUAUACUGGCAAAGGCCAACAGGUAACUCCAGACAUUGAGAGCACAAGUAUUCUGCCACCGCAACGAGAUUUAGAUGCGUACUUAUUGGCGCACUACGCGUUUGAAGGCAACACUGACGAUGUGUCUGGAAGUUCAAGACACGGUGAAUUAAAUGGCACCGAUAUGGGUUACAUCGAUGGGAUUGUGGGUACAGCGAUUAAAUUGAACGGAACCACCAGAGUACUGGUGCCAAGUUUUGAGGACUACUUUUUUGGGAAUGCAUUUUCGGUCAGCGUAUGGUUCAACUACGAUGGAACGCACACAAGUACUCAAGGAAUCAUCAAUAAUGGCUUCAAAGAACACGGAUCGUGGGAGAUAAGAACCCGUUCUGGCUACACUGAGCUCACGGCGUCUGUUAAUUACCCUCCUGCAGUAUUCAGAUAUAUGGGAUUCACUCCUGGUGAAUGGCAUCAUAUUGCUAUGACGUUUAAUGGCACCAAGCUCUUGUUCUUUUUAGAUGGAGCGAGCCAAACGCCUGAUACCGAAUGUUGCAGUGUUCCAAUUGGUGUACGUCCUAACAGAGUUACUAUCGGACAAGUCGGGAUUGGUAUGGAAGAUAAAUAUUUCUAUGGGUCAAUAGACGAAGUAAAAUUAUUCAAUACCUCUUUAUCAGAAGAAGAGGUACUUACAUUGUUUGAAAUUUCAAAUUGAACCGUUUCUAAUUUGUAGUUGGGCUUGGUGGAAAUAAAAAGAUCCCUUCCCACCUCCAGGCUCCUCAAUUCUCUCAUAAACCAGGAAUUUUCAUAAAUGAAGAGCUCCAUUUGUUUAAAACAUUAUUAUUGAAACGAAGUAAACGAAGGUGAAGUGGGUGAGGUGGCGAAUGUGAUUAUAAGUGAGGGAUAACUCGCAAAAUUAGGUAUAGGACUUAUCUAACAGAACAAACGUUACUCCGAAUAAAGAAAGCCAUGAUUUGAAGUUUCGAACUUUAUUUGGUCAUCUUCAGGAAUGUAGAUGAUAUGAUAUGUAUUAUCACCAUAUUGAGCGUGAUUUUUUGUUUCGAACAUUUCAAUGUGGUGGGGGCGAUUGGAGGGACAGUUUUUUUAGGGAUGUGCCCCCUUCCGCACGCAUCCCUAGAUACGCCACUGCUCAUCUCUCCUUAAUUGUUUCUUUUCAUCUGCAUAAGAUUGUCUCUGUCAAGCUUAAUAAACUAGUAAGAACUUCAUAUACCUCACUUCAGCUAUAGGCUUCAUUAAUUUAUCGUGACGUAUAUUAAACCAGUACUGUGCCCUGCCUGGGCUGUCUCUUUUUAAACUUACGUCGACGUGGUUAUCCCGAUUGGUACUGGUAUGUAUUGAGAAAAUGUAACCCACAAGGCAGAACAAUUGAAAGUCAUAUUAGAUUACAA